UGAUCACCCAGAGGCACCAUCAGAUCUCUGGGGGUAUAUAUAACUGCUUCGAUCCCUCCUCCACUGGAUAUCAGAAAGCAAGAACUCUCAUCCUCACACCUUACCAACCUCAACUCAGAAUCUAUCCCUAUAUAUAUCAUCACAAUCUUCUUCAAUUUCGUUCCCACAAAGUCCCAUUCCACCAACCCAACAACCAAAAAUGGCAGACGCAGUAGCCACUCAACCCCACAACCUCCCCCUCCACAUCUCGCGCGAGAAAUGUGCCGGCAAGACCUACAUCGUGACAGGCGCCAACGUCGGCCUCGGUCUCGAAGCCUCUAAGCACCUCGUCGCCGUCGGCGCCGCCAAAGUCAUCAUGGCCGUCCGCAACCUCAGCGCCGGCGAGGCAGCCAAAGCCUCCAUCGAAGCCGGUACCGGGACAUCGGGAGUGGCCGAAGUAUGGGCACUCGACCUGUCGAGUUACGAUUCCGUCAAGGUGUUUGCGAAGCGCGCGGUGGCGGAGCUGGAGCGCAUCGAUGCGCUGAUUGAGAAUGCGGGUGUUGCUGCUUUCGAUAGGACGAUGGCGGAGGGGCAUUUGCUGAAUAUCACUGUUAAUGUGCUUAGUACGCUGCUACUUGCUGUGUUGCUGUUGCCGAAGAUGAGUGAUGACGCGAAGAAGUUUGGGAUUGUGCCGCAUAUUGUCCUGGUGUCAAGCGGAGUCGGCUUUGACGCGAAGGCGGACUGGGAUGUUAUUAAGAGUGACCCGUUGGUGGAGGUAGAGAAUGAAGGGCACAAGGGACUGAAAAUGUAUCCCCUAUCCAAACUUGUCGAGACAAUAGCGACUCGCCAACUUGCGGCCCUGGCCCCCGUAUCCCGCACAGGCGUUGUCAUGAACAUCGUUUGCCCCGGAAGCUGUAAGACAGAGCUUGGCCGCCAUGCACCACCCGCCUUCCGCAAAAUGCUCCAAGAAUCGAAAGAAAAGUACGGACGCACUGCCGAGGACGGAAGCCGGACGCUGCUGUAUGGGGCUGUUGCCGGAAAAGAGAGUCAUGGGUGCUUUCUCGAUUCCUGCCGCAUCGCUGAUGAUAUUGUACCAAUCUGGGUAACCGAUGAAGAGGGGCAAAAGUCGCAGAAGCUCCUCUGGGAUGCUGUUGCUGGCGAGCUGGAGUCCGUUCAACCUGGCUGCGUGAAGGCUAUUCUGUAG